CCAUAUACAAGAUUUAAUACCUUCAUUGUGCCUUAUAAUGUAAUUCAAUGUGCACUACAUUGAGGUAUAGUAUACAAUACACAUGUGACAGCGCGACAAUUUUAGUCACAAAUAUUGAGGGUAAAAUUGCUUAUUGGAAAAAAAUAAAUACGUAUAAAUAUGGAUAAAAUGUGGUCAUAUUUGCAAAAUGAGUGGCGAAUUUAUUAAAUCGUGUAUUUUGAUGCUUUCAAAUUAAAUCUGAGGUAAAAAAAAAUACAAAAGGAAACUUGGAUUAUAAAAAAUAUAGCGACAUGAGCGGACAAGAAGGCCCAACACUGGAGUUCCGUGAGGAUUCAUCUACGGGAACUGCCACACCCAAGGACUUUCGAUACUACGUUAUGGAUCGGGGCAACUCAGAAUUGUCUCCGGUGGAUACACAACCAAGUUUUCUUGAAUCCGUCACUGAAGAAGAAGAUAAUUCUAAAACUGAAAAACGCGUACAAAUCGACAUCAUGGAUGAUUCUGGAAGGAAGUCCGAAAUGGAAGAUCGCAGAUCGGUGAAUUCAAUGCGAAUGCCAACACACAUGACACGUGCUAGACUUGUGCGAACUCCCGCCAAUAAAGACGACGCUCCUGAAGCGCAUGUCUCUGAGGAAUCGGAAGAACAAGGAGAACCACACGAGCCGGAUGUACUCAUAACAGAAUUGAAGGAACAGCCACCUGAUCUGGUAGAAGGUGACGUAGAUGAAGAGUCAGAUAUAGAACCAGAAUAUCAGCAAGUUACCGUAGAAACAGUAGACGCUGAUGAAGACUGGGAUACAGACCUUGAAAUAGAAGAUGAAAUAAUGAAAGAGGUUCGAAACCACGAUCCGUCUGGCAGGUCCUACUACGACAAGGUGUGCAGCAGGAUGGGACUGGUUCCUGUGUCCUAUAUUAAACGCCAUAUUACAGACAAUGAAAUAACUAUGCGGUUUCAUGGUCUGGGAGCCAGCGCUGCAAAAGCUAUUGCUCUUGUAUUAAGGGACAAUAUCACCCUGGAGAAAUUGAAUCUGCAAGGGAACUGGAUAGAAGGCGAUGGUGGGUUGGCCAUGGCCCGGAUGUUAGAGGAAAAUGACUACAUCACAGAAAUGAUAUUAUCGGACAACAAACUUGGAACAUUAGGUGCCCAGUGUAUGUGUAAAAUGUUGUCAGUUAAUGCAGGACUGAGGAAAUUAGACCUAUCAGGAAAUAACUUCGAUGACAAAGAUGCACAGAUAUUUGCUGACGCUCUCGAGAAUGCCAAAUAUCUUAAAGAACUCCACUUAUCACGGAACAUGUUCGGUUCAGAAGCUGGAGAAAUAUUAGGACCUGCCAUAAGUGCCAACGACAUUUUAGAAGUACUCGAUCUCAGCUGGAAUCGUAUACGAGGAAAAGGUGCAAUAUCAGUAGCCAAAGGAAUUGGGGAAAAUGUGCGAUUAAAAUCGUGCGAUGUCAGCUGGAAUGGGUUUGGACCGGAAGGUGGCGCUGCAGUGGCGGACGCAAUGAUUUCAAAUAAUUCUUUGGUAGAGCUUGAUGUCAGCGGCAACAGACUAACAGCAGAUACUGCGAUGAAAAUGGCCAGAAUGGUUGCUUCAAAUGAUAAUAUCAAAGUACUUGGGAUAGGGAACAAUAUAUUGACAACUGCUGGAGCUAUUGCCCUAGCAACGGCCGUCAACAAUGGUGAUAGCAGUGAGCUGGAAGAGUUAGACCUUACAGAUGUUCCAAUAGAAUUUGAAUUCCUACGCAUAUUUGAAGACAUUAAAACGAAGAAGCCAAAUUUUAAAUUGACUCAUGGACCAGUGUUAAGUUCAGGAAAUACUGCAGACGAUUUAGGGAAACCAGCUGUCCAUCCGUACAAAAAGAAGGAACCAGUGUUAAUUUUAGAUCAGCAUAUAGUUGUGAAUGAUAUGAGAUUACUAGACAUUCUUCAAAAAUAUGACCCGGAUGGAGCGUUUCAAGUAACGCCAGAGGACUUCGUGCGAGCAGUAGAGGAUCUGGCAGUGCCAUUUAACAAGCCAAAAUUACAAGAGGCUGUAACUCGACUAGCAGAUACACAAGAAGGGAGAAUAUACUUUGGUGAAUUUAUUAAACAACAGCAGGAUCAGAUAAAGAAACAGUCUGGUGGAGACGAUGUUCAGGAGACACAAGGACCAACGGAGUAAACUCAGCAAGACCUCAGCAUAAGCAACUAAAAGCUUUUUACUAAUUUGUAGUGGACUUCUACUUGUAAUUUAAAGAGUUGCUAGACUUUAGAAUUGUACCGUCCGAUUAGUAUUGGUUCUCGUUUGUAAUCUUGUAGACGUACAAUUGGCAGUUUAUUGAACACAUUGUCUGGAUGACGUUUUCAAAAUAGCAGGACGCCAGACUCUCCAGAAAUUAAAAAAAAAUGCAGUCAAGUCUACUUAUAAAUCGGAAUUACACGUUUUAACGUAAACCUCAAUUUCUUGAAUUACAUUACGUGCAGCCUUUUUUAGUUUCCUUUACCUUACACUUUUUCGAGGAAGUGAAAUCAUUUUCAGUUUAAUUCUGUUGUUUACAAAAAUGCCGCAGCCAUUAAAAUUGGAAACUUUGUCCAAUGAUGGCCCAAGUUUUUCAUAUAACCAUUUUCCCGUCACAUUUUUUUUACUGUAAACACGCAUCUUCACAUGCAAAAAUUUUUUUAUUUUUACCAGUUUUUAGACCUGUUGCAUAAAAAUUUACAUUGAGUACAUUUCGUUCAUGUUUGUGUGGCCAGUUCUGCUUGUCCUGGUUUUGAAGUAGAACGAAUUCAAUCAAUAGGGGCAUUUUGAAGAAAGAUCUCGGGACCGGCCAGAAAUGACAGAUUUAGAGGCCGAUUCUCGGGACCGACCAGAAAUGACAGAUUUAGAGGCCGGUUUUCCGAUUUCUAGGUGUUCCACUUAUUACUUUCCUGUGAUAUAUAUCAUGUGAUAAACUCACGGCACUGAGUUUACACAGCAAAGCAAAAUGGUAUACAUUUCUUUAUUUAUGAAACAUUAAAAACCUUCAAAAGGAAAAAUAAAAUAUUUCUUUACAAAUUU